AUGUUAAGUAGGCUGAUGAGACUUGCAGAGUUUAUCAGAAUUUCCGAUGAAGCAGCACGCAAGGAUGCCUAUCGUUACUUUUGGAGAGCCGGGAGUAGUAGCUGCACACCCCGAACUUUCCCCAUGGUUUCGGUGAGCAGAGCCGUGUUUGGAGAGCUGCCCUCGGGGGCAGGGACCGUGGAGAAGUUCCAGCUGCAGUCAGACCUGCUGAGAGUGGAUAUCAUCUCCUGGGGCUGCACCAUCACCGCCCUGGAAGUCAAAGACAGGCAGGGGAGAGCCUCAGACGUGGUGCUCGGCUUUGCCGAGUUGGAAGGUUACCUCCAGAAGCAGCCCUACUUUGGAGCAGUCGUUGGGAGGGUGGCCAACCGAAUUGCCAAAGGGACGUUCACAUUGGACGGGAAGGAGUAUCACCUGGCCAUUAACAGGGAGCCCAACAGUCUGCAUGGAGGAGCCAGAGGGUUUGAUAAGGUCCUCUGGACCCCUCGGGUGCUGUCAAAUGGUGUCCAGUUCUCACGUGUCAGUCCGGAUGGUGAGGAAGGCUACCCCGGAGAGUUAAAAGUCUGGGUGACAUACACCCUGGAUGGCGGGGAGCUCAUGUCAACUAUAGAGCACAGGCCAGUCAGACCACUCCCGUCAAUCUCACCAACCAUUCUUACUUCAACCUGGCAGGCCAGGGCUACCCGAAUA